ACGGCUUGGGGGCCGUGUCCCCGAGGGGCCUGUUCGGCAGCGGCCAGCUUCUCGUCUUGGGUGGGCAGCGUGUCAGCAGCGAACCCCGGAGCCGGCGUCACUCCGCCUGGGGCCCAGAGGGUGGCGCUGCCCCGGGCUUCAGCCUGGGAUUGUGGAGGGGCCGAGGUGUGGGUUUGGUCAGGGGAGGAGGGCAGUCUUGCAGCUUAGGGUGGGGAAGGGGCGUGGAGCUGGCCCUCUGGACAGGCCCCCUGGGAAGGUGCCGCUCAGCCGGCAGCCUCCGCCUCCAGGCAGCCCCCUCGGGCACUCUGCACGUGAGCUCCAUUUCACAGCCCCGCGCUUUCCUCUCCUGGUGCCCUUUCGCCUCCUGCCACGUUGGGUGUCCUCUGUGCAUUUUCCAUUUCCUUCCGUGUGUGGGCACCGAGACGAGCAUCUGCUCUCAGGUAUGACAGGCCUCUUUCAACCUGACAAGUUCCCAACAACAACGACCGUCGGAGCUUGGGGGCCGGUGCCCAGGGGACCCGACCUGUGAUUAGCAGGUGGGAGACCGAGCCCACCACCCAGGCCUGAUGAUCUCAUCAACACACCCGUGUCACAGGGCCUCCACAAAACACCCCGGAAGGAAGGGGCUCCGGAGCCUCUGGGCAGGUGAAGGGUGGCACCCGGGAGGGUGGCAGCACCCCCCACCCCUGGGCAGCGCCCUUUCCCCACCCCUUGCCCUGUGCAUCUCUUCCACCUCUGUUCCCGAGAGUGGAAUCCUUGAUGGACCAGUAAACAUGAGUGAGGGGUUCCCUGAGUCCUGUGAGCCUUUCCAGCAAAUUAUGGAGCCCGAGAAGGGGGGAAGCGAGGACCCCGACUUACAGCUGGUGGAUCAGACGCACAGGUGUUCUGAGAGGGGAGGAACCCGACAGACCGGUGUCUGUCCCGUGGCCUGGCGUCAGAAGCUGUCCCAACACCCAGCAGAGGCUCCAACAGCAUUGACCUUAGGUUGAUACCCGACUGGCGUACCUGUCACUCGGGGCUGGAGGCCACCAAAGUGUCAUCGGGGUGGCAGCUGAGAUCCCAAGGGAAGGUCACUCUGCUGGUUGCAAGGACCUGUCGAUGGGCUAAAUGUAUUUUCUCAUGCUUCUGGAAGCCAAGUCCAAGGGAAAGGUGUCUGCUCACUCCAAAGGCCCUAAAAGAAGAUGGUUCCUCAGCACUUCCAGCCAUUGGUGGCCGCUGUUCUGCACGCUGGGUCCCUCGCAGCAGCAGGUGGAGAGCAGGCUCGGCGAGCUUCUGAAAUGCAGACAGCCCGCGCCGCCGACCCCACCGCCCCCGCGGGCGCAGCCGCCGGGACCCUGGCCCCUGUCGAGGGGCGUCUGUUGCACAGUCGGGGAGCGCUGGGGAGGAGCAGGAAAGGCAGCACAGAGCCCUCAAGCCCCCAGGAGGCCUCACCUCUGCCCUCAGCUGGCCCUUAGCCAGGUGGGCCCACUGCGGCUUGCAGUGGCCCUCUCAGCCAAGGAGGACCCCCGAGCGGCGGUGGGGCACCUGAACCCAGGAAGGCGAGCAGGCCGGCGGGACCGCGAGUGCCUGGCGGAGUGGCACGGGCAGCCCAGGACUCCCGGCUCCCACCUCCUGCUUCCGGGGCCAAGGCUUGUGUUCAAUCGGGUGAAUGGCCGGCGGCCCCCUGCCACAUCUCCAUCCCUUGAGGGGACCCAAGAGACCUAUACACUGGCUCAUGAGGAAAACGUCCGAUUUGUGUCUGAAGCCUGGCAGCAAGUGGAGCAGCAGCUGGGUGGUGGCCCGGCUGGCGAGAGUGGGCCCAGGCCCGUGCAACUUCGUGCCCAUUGACCUGGACGAGUGGUGGGCGCAGCAGUUCCUGGCCAGAGUCACGAACUGCUCCUAGCCACCUUGGAAGGAACCGCCCCUCUGUGGGCCCAGCUCACCCGCAUGCUGGACCUCCGCCAGAGAGGACCGCGGCGCCCUGUCGAACUGCUGAGGCACACGCCGUACUCCGCCCUGAGUCUGGCCAGGCGCCGGCCACACCUGAAGUGCCAGCGUUUGGACUUUUGCACCUGCUGACCCCUUGGCCCAGCUGUCCCAUGCUGCCAGGGGCUGAAACUGUCGGACCUCAAUCCUGCUCACUGUGCCCAGGGACCAGCCCCUGGGGCUGGCAGGGAGGAGCUCCAGGCUAAUAAAGUCGAGAAACUGCCUUU